AUGAAGGAAACCAUGGGAAACCCUCUGCAUCUGAAAUCUUUGAACCACAUCUCACUCAUCUGCCGAUCGGUUGAGCAAUCCAUUGAUUUUUACCAGAAUGUUCUUGGGUUUGUCCCAAUCAGGAGGCCUGGAUCUUUUAAUUUUGAUGGUGCAUGGCUAUUUGGAUAUGGGAUUGGAAUUCAUCUUUUGCAAUCUGAGGACCCGGAGAGCAUGCCCAAGAAAACUGAGAUUAAUCCCAAGGAUAAUCAUAUUUCUUUCCAGUGUGAGAGCAUGGGGGCUGUGGAGAAGAAACUCAAGGAGAUGGAGCUCAAGUACAAGCGAUCCAUGGUGGAGGAAGGUGGCAUCCACGUCGAUCAAUUGUUCUUCCACGACCCGGAUGGCUUCAUGAUCGAAAUAUGCGACUGCGACAACCUCCCAGUGAUCCCCAUCGCCGGGGAGAUAGCCCGGUCAUGCUCCCUCGUAAAUCUGCCUUUGUUGCAGCAGCAGCAGCAGCAGCUAAGAUUGUUGCAGCAAUAG